AUGUGGCUUCUCCUGCUCGUCGCCAUCUUAAUUUCCGUUACCGAGGCACAGAAGAGCGGACCGCCGGGCCCCAUUUCGUCUCAUUUCCUGGACUGGCUAAUUGCUCACGGGUAUGAGCAAGACGCCUUUGAUCGCCCGGAUGUUGGACCAAAUGGAUCAUUUGGAGGCAAAAAGAGAGGAUCCGAUAAGAUCACUAAAGAACCGGUUAUAUUCAUCCAUGCUAAUGGUGAUGCUGCUCUCCACACACAGGCCCCUCUAGCGACCGGAUGGAGCCGCUCGAUCCAAUACUUCCUUGAGCAAAAUUAUACUGAAGCAGAGCUUUAUGCGACUACUUGGGGCGAUACAUGGGGAAGUGGUUCCUUGUUGGACUCAUACUCCACUAUCCAUACGUGUCAAAACCUCAUUUAUCUUAGGAGGUUUAUCGAGGCUGUUCUGGCCUAUACGAAAGCUGCAAAAGUCGAUAUUAUAGCACAUUCAGUUGGAGUUCCACUUACAAGGCGUGUCCUAAAGGGUGGCUCGCUGAUUGGCACGGAUGGAAACUGUUCCUUAGGCCCACCAUUGUCCGCUAAGGUCGAUACCUUCCUCGGUAUCGCCGGCCCGAAUUAUGGGCUCUGCGUCUGCCAGCUUGCCCAGACAGUGCCAGCUUGGUGUAAUGCCUUGGACGGAUUAUAUCCAGGAUAUACUUGCCAAGACCAGGAAAACUACUCGGCCUUCCUGGAGAAGCUUAACAAUGAUCCACAUCGCGAAGCGGAGCACGUAUAUUCAAUGUGGAGCGACGUGGAUGAGGUGCUGCUCUUCCGAGGGAUGACCUGGGGCAAACCAACAGCGAGGAUUCCUGGAAUGAACGGAAGAUGGAUUUCCGACCGAAAUAACCACGUGGGGAUGAAGGAUUUAACGGAACUCCGGCAGUUCGAAGCUGUCGCGCAUCAUUCGAUC